AUGCACAAGGCACAAAAUCAAAAACGCUAAAGAAAAUUGUUGUCUUUUAAGAGUGAAAACAGCAACCAAUUCAGAUUAUUGUGCAAAACCAAUACGAAUGACUAGCAAUAUUUGCUUGUCAAAAUAGUCCAGAACAGACUGGCAACAACAGCAGUGCCCGCAGCCCCCGAGCAGUAGAAGAAAGAAGAAGAAGAGAGCGUUGUGUGUAUGUGUGUGUGUGAGUGCAAGCCGACCCGCCAGCUGAGAUUUCCGUAAUAACAGCAACAGCAGCGCUUUAUAAUGAGUAUGGUACGGCGUAUAAUAUUGUUGGCUCCAAAAUAUAAAAUUUGGACAAAAGGUACCAGCCACGUACAACAUACACCGAACUGCAUAAUACUGAGCAGUGGGCUUGGACGGCGACGAUUUCACCUGGCCACUCAGCAAUGCGCCGCCAAUGGGCAGCUACUGCUGGAGUCCGUUGUGGCCAUACCCGCCUACAUUGACAUAACUAAUGGAGUGAGAAUCAGAUCGGAGUCUGGAAACGGCAGCAGCAGUAGUGGAACUACAGGAACCGACAAGGGCGGCGACAUCAGUGGCGCAGGUGGUGCAUCCAAACCACCGGGGGGUGGUGGGUCGAGUCUUGGCGGCAGUGGCGGCUCAACCACAACUGGCGGAAGUGGCGAUAAGUUCUUAUCCUGUCCAAAAUGUGGCAGUGCGUGCACCCAAGUGGAAACAUUUGUCAGCUCAACGCGGUUUGUGAAGUGUGCCAAGUGCAACUACUUCUUUGUGGUGCUCUCCGAUGUGGAAACCAAGCAGCGUAUCAAGGAGGAGCCAAAGAAUCAGCGCAAGCCACCGCCGCCACCGCAGAAGAUCAUGGAAUACUUGGACAAGCAUGUGGUUGGCCAGGACUUUGCCAAGAAGGUGCUAGCGGUGGCCGUCUACAAUCAUUAUAAGCGCAUCCAUCACAAUUUGCCGCAGCUGCAGCAACAGCCAAGUGCGGGCGGCGCUGGGAGCGGACUGGACGGCAUACCUCGCACGGAUCUACUGCACAUCACCGGCAUCGGUCACACACUGAACAGCAGUCCUGGCAACGAGCUGCCGCCAAAACCAGCCCAAAUGGGCCUCGGCGGCGGUCUGACUGGUGGCGGUCUAGGUAGCGGCCUGCACAACAGCAACGCUGCCAACGCCUCGCGGAGCAGCGAUCAUCGUCCCGGCUCCGAGAUACUGGACAGACAAAGUAACGAUGUUAAAUUGGAGAAGAGCAACAUCAUUAUGCUCGGCCCGACGGGAUCUGGCAAAACGUUAAUUGCACAGACAAUCGCCCGCUGUCUGGAUGUGCCGUUUGCCAUAUGCGAUUGCACAACGCUCACCCAGGCCGGCUACGUGGGCGAGGACAUUGAGAGUGUCAUAUCCAAGUUGCUACAGGACGCCAACUACAAUGUGGAGCGUGCUCAAACCGGCAUUGUGUUCUUGGAUGAGGUGGAUAAAAUUGGCGCUGUGCCUGGCAUACAUCAGCUGCGCGACGUGGGCGGCGAAGGUGUUCAGCAGGGUAUGUUAAAGAUGCUGGAGGGGACUGUGGUCAAUGUGCCCGAGCGCAACUCGCCGCGUAAGCUGCGAGGCGAGACGGUGCAGGUGGACACUACGAAUAUACUGUUUGUUGCCUCUGGUGCCUACACGGGCCUCGAUCGUCUCAUUGCCCGCCGACUAAAUGAAAAGUAUUUGGGCUUUGGCAUGCCGUCGACGAGCGGCUCGGGCCGUCGAGCGGCACAAUCAACAGCCAGUCCAAUGGAUAACGAUCAGGAGGAGCGUGAUAAAUGCCUGACCAAGGUGCAGGCCCGUGAUCUCGUUGAGUUUGGCAUGAUACCCGAAUUCGUUGGUCGUUUUCCGGUCAUUGUGCCCUUCCAUAGUUUGAAUGUGAAUAUGCUAGUGCGUAUUCUGACCGAACCACGCAAUGCUCUCGUGCCUCAAUACAAAGCGCUGCUUGGCCUCGACGAGGUGGACUUAUCGUUUACGGAAGAUGCGGUUGAAUCAAUUGCAAGUCUAGCCAUGGAAAGGCAUACUGGUGCACGUGGACUGCGCUCCAUAAUGGAGCAACUGCUGUUGGAUCCCAUGUUCAUUGUGCCUGGAUCAGAUAUACGCAGCGUACACAUUACGGCGGAUUAUGUGCGCGGCAAUUCAAAGCCCAUUUACAGUCGCAGUAGUGAUGACGAUACCAGCGCUACCACCGACAGCUCAACAACGGAGACUACAGAUUCGGAGCCCAGCAACGAUAAUGAUAAGAACUUUGAAGAUAGUGAAAAAUCACGUUUAAAUGAUACUGUGGUCGGUACGUAGCACCUCCUGCAAAGCGCUGUCACACAAUUUUUGAAUGGCUGAUUCGCAAUUUUAUAUAUAUCUAAAUAUAUAUAUUAUGUUUAUAUAUAUAUACAUAUGUAUAGCAUAUAUCGGUCCCCUUCCCACUCGAUAUGCACCUGUGAUUCAUAACUGACAAGCAGCGCAAAUUUGAAAAUGCAGCCUUUCAAAAAUCGUUUGCAGCAUCAAAAAAUGGCAAUUGUAAAAAACAAUCAAAUAUCUAAUUUUUUCACUAGAAAUGUAAAGCAAAAAUAAUAAAAAAAAA